AUGCCUCGCAAGUCAGACUCCACGAUUGCAGGGCCUCAGAAGCAUCGUUUGAGCCUGGCGCAACUUGCGUCCUAUGACGACGUCCUUACUGAUGCCCUGGUUGAUCAGGCCUAUUUCUGGUCACGAAUACGCAAGAAUCGUGAAAAUAAAUAUUUACCUGUCAGAGGCAUCAAACAAGAUGAGGUGCCGCAAAUUCUCCUCCACAAAGUCAUUAUAGCCAAAGACGUUGAAGAUGCUGAAAAAGCGCUCCUCAAUCUGGCGGGGCUACGGCGGUAUGUGGGUGGCUUACAUACAGAGGCAGAGAAAAAGGACUUUCGCAACCACCUUCGAAAAUACAUAAACAUGUAUUUGCCUGAUUCUCCUUUCGAAGUUUCCACGACCAAUCGGUACACUAUCACUGCACAAGAAGCUUCGGUGACUGCGAGAAAGAGAAUCCGCGAGGGUGACAAAAUCAAGUAUCUGUGUGGUACUUUAGUGCCUCUCACCGACGCAGAAUUACAAGACCUGGAUCUCACCCAGCGCAACUUCAGCAUUGUACAGUCGGACCGGAAGAAGAACACUUUGAUCUUCCUGGGGCCAGCCAGAUUUGCCAACCACGAUUGUGCCGCUAAUGGCAGACUUGUAUCGGUGGGGAAAGAUGGGCUAGAAGUACACGCCACGAGGAAUAUUGACAUCGGAGAGGAAAUCACAGUCACCUAUUCUCCUGGAUACUUCGGAGCAAACAAUGAAGAAUGUCUUUGCCACACAUGUGAAGUACAAGCGAGGAAUGGAUGGACCUCUGCAGAGGUGUUUGGUGCCCCGCAGAGUGGUGAGUCCACACCAAUUCCAUGUGAAGCUCUUAUAGGGUCACCGUAUUCUUUCAGAAAAAAGCGGAAACACGGGCUGGACACUAUUUCUACAGGUAGUAUGCCGUCUGCUUCUCCAGCGAAAAAGCAGGUAUUGGACCGACCCCCUUCAAGGUUGAAUCAAGUCUUUACACCACCACCACCUAACUCUCUAUCUCCAGAAGAGGACUCUAAUCCUAUGGCUGCUGGUACGGAUCAGAAAGCAUCAGAAUGUAGUCAAUCAAAAAGAAAACGCAGCUUACUGGACGUCGAUGUCUCAGGGAAUGCUUCCGUAGUUGAGAUCGGUCCUGAAGCAGCAACCGAUCCGCCCAGGAAGAAAAAGAUGCGCCUCAUUGACCAAAUGACUUCCAGUGCAGGAUCCAGCCCCGAACUCUUAACAAAAAGGCGUCCAGCUUCCUCGGUUUCUGACGAAUCAGGCAAUGAUUCCUCUUCGUCCAAAACCUCUUCCCACAGCACUCAAGCAACCUCCAUUUUAGACGCGCCAGUCAGUAUCAAAGUUGAAAGCUCGGAAACCUCGAAAAUAGAAAAAGUCGACACGUCGUCCGUAUACCAUACACCACUUUCAACGCACUUGAAACAAUUAACCGCUUACGAGGGCCCGUCUGCCAAAACCACCCUCAAAACCACCCACACAAACCUCACCACCAAAAAUCCAUCCUUAGUCGUCCCCUCUAUCGAGCCCAACGCCACCACUGAGACAACAACAGCAACCACCCUGACCGUCCUCCCCGAUCCCACCUCCCCACCCACCAUCCGUACCCCAGGUGACUACAUCCUAACACGCCGUCUCCUCGCCCAACCCUUCGAUCGUUGGGUGCAAUGCCAGACCUGCGCCGACUACUUCCUCCAAUCUAACGGCUAUCAAACCCGGCGCGAGUGUCCACGUUGCGAGAGACAUAGCAUGCUAUAUGGAUUCGGAUGGCCGAAGACGGAGCCUGAUGCGAGGAGGUUGAGAGAAAUUAGGGAGAUGAAAGAGCGGGAGGAGAAGAAGAGAGUUAGUGAAAAAGGGAAGGCGAAGGGUAAGAGGAAGGGUGGGAGCGCAGGGGAUACGAUUGUGGUUUCUGCGGCGAAGGUGGAUGAGGGUGCUACGGCAGCUGUAGUGAGGCAGGGCCAGCGGAGCAAGGGCGGCGGGGUCUGGGGAAGAGGAGGGAAAGGGGGUGGUAGGUCUGGCAGAUCUGGAAAGGGGACUUGGGUUGAAGGCGGUGGAGAGGAGGAGAGAGAGGAACGUGUCAUGGAUCAUAGGACGGUGAAUCGCUUCAUUGCGCCAGAAGAGGAAAGAGAGGUUCGCAAAAGAGGGAAGAACAGUCUUUUGGAAUAUGCAAACGCCAGAUCUGGAAGUCUGGGUACCCCGGGAGCGAAAGAUAGCGCUACGCCGGAUCGUGUGUUGGCGAGGCUGAGGGGCAGUGUUGUCGGAGAGAGAGGUAGGAGCACGACCGGCACCGGGAAUGGUUACCCUAGUGCCCGGGAAGACAGCAUAGGCAGCGCUGGGUUUGAAGACGGAGAUGGAGCGCUCAGGAGGAGUCAGAGGUAUUUUGGCUCGCGGUUGACGUUGUGA